CAGCAGCAACGAUUACAAGAUUACUUGUGCCAAGAAGCGUGAGCUUGAUUCCGAUUCUCUUGAGGGUCCUAUCCAAGAGGACAAGGUGUGCUGCCGAUGGUCUGGCGAGUGCGGCGAUUUGAACAAGUGCACCCAGUCAUACUGCGAGGUUUGA